UUGACUUGAUAACGCAGUUUGCUCUGCAGAUGCGCGGGAUUAAGCUUUUGUUUGACGAUAUACAAAUAUGCGAAAAUGUAAGGUGGUGUUGAGGGUGUUCUUUGCUUGAUGUGACCCUUAUCAGUAGCGCAGGAAAUAAUUCAUUAUAAAGUUGAAAAUUGGUCGACUUUGGACCAAAAUUUUGUGAAAAUGUUGAACAAGUUAAGCAGAUUAUUGCGCAGUGGGGGUCAGCAAUUGGAUUUUUCCAGGAAUUUUCACCUGACCGGUGUGCUUCCGAGUGCUGAUCUGAGCAAAUAUCCCCUUGAUGGGAUAAAGAUUUUGGAUCUGACCCGGAUUGUGGCUGGGCCGUACUGUACGAUGGUCUUGUCCGAUUUGGGAGCGGAGGUCUACAAAGUCGAACGGCCAUUUCACGGAGACGAGUCCCGGAAGUGGGGACCUCCGUUCUUGAAGAAUUCGGACGACUCGGUUUACUUCAUGGCCUCUAACCGGAACAAGAAGAGCGUAUGCGUGGAUUUGAAACAAGGGAAGGACGUGAUUUACGACAUGGCCCGAAAGUGUGAUGUGCUGGUAGAGAACUACAUUCCUGGGAAGCUGGACGAGUUCGGAUUGGGAUACAAAGAUCUGAAGAAGAUAGCUCCCUCGUUGAUUUACUGUUCCAUCACGGGAUACGGACCGGUGGGACCUUACCGGAAUAAACCAGGUUACGACGUGAUUGCUGCAUCGAUGGGCGGAUUGCUGCACAUUACCGGAAGUGAAAAUGGUCCUCCGUCAAAAGUGGGUGUGGCCAUUACCGAUAUUGCCACGGGACUUUAUGCCCAUGGGGCGAUCUUAGCAGCUCUCCUGCAGCGAACUAAGACAAACCGUGGGCAGAAGAUCGAUGUGAAUCUGCUGUCCACGCAGGUGGCCUGUCUUAUCAACGUGGCCAGCAACUACCUCAACGCCGGAAAGGAAGCCAGGCGGUGGGGAACGGCACACGAAAGCAUCGUACCAUAUGAAGCAUUCCCAACAAGCAACGGAUACAUAACCAUAGGAUGCGGAAGUAACAUCCAGUUCGAAGCCCUUUGCAACUACCUUCAGAUCCCAGAUGUGGCCAAAGACGAACGCUUCGCAACCAACCAGACCCGUGUUAAACACCGGCAAGAACUGAUCGCCAUCCUGGCUCCUAUCAUCCAACAACGCACUUCCGCCGAAUGGAUGGCCACGUUUUCCGAUGCUCCUUUUCCGGUCGGUCCGAUCAACAGUAUGGCCGAGGUGUUCCGCGAUCCACACAUCGAAGCCAUCCAGCUGGUCAAAUCUCUCGAUCAUCCAACGGCGGGGAUUGUAAAGGUUGUUGGUCCUCCUGUGGUCUACAGCGAGGCCGGCAACCAGGCACGAACUGCCCCGCCUUUGCUGGGGGAACAUACGGAUCAGGUUUUGCGCGAACUGCUCAACUAUUCCGAGGAUCAAGUCGAAAUGCUGCGGCGCAAAGGUGUCAUUCAAUGAUUUUUCAGUAAUCCAGACAGAACACCUUUUAUGAAGCAUUAUACAAAUAAAGAAUUUACUGGAUAA